GGCCUCGCAGCCUGGUAUACGCUGACACCUGGUUCCCUGCCAGUAGAUGCGCUUGCAUUGCUUGUGAAUGUACAGUCGUCGGGCAUGACUGACCAGUCACCCUCGUACUUCCUACCCCUGUUGGGUUCCUGUUGUUGUUGUUGUUGUUGUUGUUGUUGUUGUGGGCGAAGUUUAUAUUGAGGACCAGAGGGUGUUGUGACACGCCUAGUUGUGGGUCCGGCCUCCCGUCUUCCUGGCACUGUCUUGACAGCGGGUGCAGGUGGGGGCAGUAGGAGAGAAUGCGGUAGAUACUGCGUAUAGUCUACAAUCACCAUAAACGAAUUCACGCGCAAGUUAACGUGACUGCUGCAUUUCGCUGUGUAGCACACGGUGGACAUCGGCGGCUCCGACGGUUGAACCACAUAUAUUCCUACGGCAGAUCCAUUUGUAAUUCUUGUAAAUAUAUCUUAGGAUUUGUGCUCAGAAAAGACUUCAAUGAGUAUGACGAGCCCGCAUGAGUGAUUUCAAUGGCCAUGAUGAAAACAGAUGAUCGAGCAUUGCCCUGUUGGUGAAUUCGUUGCAACCAGGGAUACGAUUAUCCGGAUCUACACUCUCAACUUGGGAAGGCCCUGCUUCAUGCUGCGUGCAAGGUUGAGAGUCAGUUAUCGGGGACGCACCUCGAGUUGGUUGUCCCUAGAUCGUGAGGCGCCUACGCGUCUGCUGAGGUAAAAUAGAUCACGCUCGACAAAUGACGCAGCAUCCAUCGAUCGCAGUCCGUACACGUAGAUUUCGCCAGAUGGCCGAACGCUGAAUGCGAGUAGAGGUGCCCCCGGAUGACCUUGGCAGAAUCAGCGGCGUGCGCAAUUGAUGCGUUCGUACUUCACUGAACAAUGGAGUGUCCAUAAAAUCGGCUACUCGGCAGAUGCGCUGGACCAACACGCGGACUAGAUUGGGGUCUGUCUGGCAUCAGAAGGAAAAGGGGCACUCAGCAUUCGUCAAACGAAUUACGAAAAGCUGCAGAGCAUGCGGACGUUAUUAUUAUAAACAUGCACAUGGUGGCACAGGAAUUGCAGUCUAUACAAAUGUCACCCUUUGUGCGUUAAUAACUUCAAUCUUUUGCUGUCCUUGAUCGAAAGGAGAUCCAAAAUCUCACGUGAACAGUCUCUCGAUUCAGCGAUCGAGUGUUUCUCCUCACAUCAAAAUGACACUGAUAAGAAAGCUUUAUUUUUGAAAAAAUAAAUAAGUUCAGACUCCAAAGUUGCCACUAAGCGUAACCCCAAUCUAUUUAAUUCACUCCUAAUGAAAAUGCAGUUUGUUAACGCAGAUGCUCCGCGAAGGUUUCAACCUUUUCUGAUUAGUGCGGUGCACCUUUUAACUAUUCAGAUUUAACCAGCAAUCACACCAAAUGGGUUAGUCAUUGUUUUUUCCAUUUUUCUUGUCUUCGGAAUCAACAGGAAAGCCUGCAGUGACGUGGCAUAGGCGGCACUGUUCAUGAGUGUAACACAGCAGCAGAUUUCAAAUAAUUCACUUUGACCCAUUUGUGAACAACUCGGUGCAUCGAUGGGAUUCGAACCGACGACACAGCAAAGGGUGGCUUUAGUACGGCCAACGCUCUGGCCACCUGAGCUACGAGGCCCCAUCGAACGACACGAAUUUAAUCACAUCUGCCUUAACACCCAUAAAUUACGGGAGCAUGAUAGCCGCAAUCUGGUGAAUUCUAGAUGUAUUAAUUGGAAAGUCCUGCUUAGGCAGUCAAAUUACUGUGUCAGAUUUGGUGGAUACCGGACCUUGCAGUAGGUUGGGCGGGUAAAAUUGACGCAAAUGUGAUUCAACUCACGUAUUCAGGUGGACCCUCGUAGUUCAUGUGGCUAGAUUGAUGGCUGUACUAAAGCGCCCGCUUUCUGUAGCAGGUUCGAAUCUCACUGUGACACCGAGGUUUUACAGUUCGAUCGAGGUGGGUACGUGUGUCUUUAGGAAAUAUAUUCUUUAAGCUGAAGGGGCCCUCGAUUCUGACGGAUAGGCAAUUUGAGACCAUACAGUGGUUGUACCUGCCAAUGUGGCACAACACUGAUAUGUCAGAUAAAUUUCCCGCAGGCAGGUUGCAAACCUGUAGCCCUGUAUUACGUCCAACGAACGUAGUCGGUCUACGGAAGAUGUUGGCGGCAUGUACGCUGUCUGUCUCCGUAGCAGAAACUGAUCCGUCUUUUCCUCUGAAAAAAGAUUUAGCGGUUGGGCCGUCUCGGGAUUUAUGCUUAGCAAAGAUUUCACCGAACACGACGAGCUCACAUGAAUGAUGUCAAGGGUACCUGAGGAAAAGCAUGUUCAAACAUAACCCUGGUUAGUGAUUUGGUUGCAAACAGAGAUACGAUUAACUGAAUCGGCACUAUCACUGGAAUCAUUAACAAUAUGCAGGCUCAGGAAACACGGCGGAUACUUUCAAAGCACCUGGUGGAUCAGCUGAUGUUAGCAACGACUUGACAGCUUGGACCUGGUCGUUGAAGAAACCACUGGAGACGCUCAAAAAGAUCGUUGGAGCUGCAGGCAUUCGCAUGUAAACUUCUGCAUUUCUUGAUGCUCCUUCUAUGACCCGCAAAUUAAGAAAUAUACGACUUGCAAAUUAACCUGUUUUGUCGUUUUUAUGUAAAACGUCCAAUGGGUGUGCAGUGCCCAACAUCUAAGGUGACCGAUUAUAAAUGAUGUGUUUACCUCUGCAAGGAAUGAAAUACAUGAACCAGUUAUUUUUUACGAGGGAGAUACUCAUUUUCGGGAGUACAACUAACGGCGGCGACAGGCUACAGGAACAGUUAGAACGUGGAUGGCGGACUUGGAAUUAUGCAUUAAGACAGAUGUCACGAAGUUUGAAUAGUGUCACACUCCUAAAAGCAAAUGUAGCCCACCCCCAUGAAAUGCGAUAUACUAUUGUGUGAGUUGCUUUCGGCUCUCGCUAUUGAAGGAAUUCGGCAUAUGUGAUUAUGACCUGAUAUUUCAUGAAAAGUCACCUUAGUUUUCGGUCGACGGAAGAUGUUGGUGGCAGGUACGCUGUCUGUCUCCGUAGCAGCAACUGAUCCGUUACUUCCUCUGAGAAAGAUUUAGCGGUUAGGCUGUCUCGGCACAUAUGCUUAGCAAAGAUUUCACCGAGCACGACAAGCUCACAUGAUUGAUGUCACGGGUACUUGAGAAAAUGCAUGUUCGGACAUAACCAUGAUUAGUGAUUAAGGUGCAACCACAGAUAUGGUUAACUGAAUCGGCACUAUCUACGUGGGAAUACCCUGUUUUAUGUUGCGUAACCGGUGGACAGUCAGGUAUCAGGCGCGUACCUCGAGUUGGUGGUCCCUGGACCGUGAGGGGGGCUGCGUGUCUGACGAGAGAAAAUCGAUCGUGCUCGAUGGAUAAAGCAGCUGGCAGAUUUCGCCAGAUGGCCGAACGUUGAAUGCGAGCAGAAGCGCCCCUAGAUGACCUUGGCAGCGGGUAGUCAGCGGCGUGCGUAGUCGUGGAGUGUGUACGUCACUGAACAAUGACAGUGUCCCUAAAACCGCUCAAGCGGCACAUGCGCUGAAAAACAUGCGGGCUAGGUCGGGGUUUGCUUGGCGUUAAUUGGAAACGUGCAUUCAGAGGAUGCCAACAUUGGGUCCGACUUUCAGACAUACGUAGACUUUUGCCUUGCUAGAUAUCCACAUUUCCAUUUAAAAUGUCAGAGUCGAUUAUGAAAACAAAAGGCUGUGUUAUUACUUAAAACACGGGUAGAUCGCCGUCAGUCACAUUUUGGACAUAUCUACUCGACAGAUCAUAAAACGAAUUGCGAAUAUUUGCAGGAGUGCACACGUUAUUAUUAAGAAUAUGCGUGUAAUAUUAGAGGAAGUUUAGCUUUUGCAUAUUACACCCUCUGUUCCUUCACAAAUUCAAUUUGUUGAUUUCCUUGUUCGAAAAUGAACUUGAAACUUCUAGUGAACAUUAUUUUGGCCCUAGUGAUCGAGUGAUUUUCUUCACAGUAAAAUUACACUGUUAAGAAAGCUCCAGUUCUGAAAAUUAUGUGAUAUCGGUCUCCGAAGUUGUUCCUAAGAGAAAACGCAGUCUUCUCUAUACCUACAUGAUUACCUCCGACAAAGAAGGCAUUAUUAUUCAGUUAUUGUAAAUAUCUAUAAUUUGCGAUCAGAAGUCUUCUUACGUUCAACGUGAAACAAAUGCGAUGGAGCUGUGAUUAACAACGAAACGCGCCAGUCCAAGGCUAAAUUAGCGCCCAUUCGUCAAUCUGUAUUAGUGUUCCACCGAACAUAGGUGCAAUAUGUCCAGUCAAUUGCGAAUUCACUGAAUGAUCACGUGCAAUACGAGUCUCUAACGUACUUAAUGAUUUCAUUUUUUUAAAUGUGUGUGUUUGUAUUUUCGCAUGAAUUUGAGAUGCAUAAUCCACGGCAGCAAACCAAGGAGGAGGAAGAGAAGAUGCGGAAAAUGAAAUAAUGAUUUCUGAUUUUAGAACCCUUGUACAUUGAAAGGGUGAACACACACACACACACACACUGAGUUUUAAAUUAAGCACAGUCAUAUACAGGUGCUCGCCUUCAAGUCCGUCAACGGUGAAGUCGACGAGCUCCGUAAGGAGUGGAUUUACAUAUGAUAAAUUUCGUCGUAGCGGAAUGUGCAUUAAAUAAACAAACUGUUUAUUAACAUCCUACUGUCCUUUAAUAUAGAAACAGUCUGACAUCCGACGAUCGGACACGGAUAUGUGCAUCCGUGUGGGACAUUUAGAGAGGGAAAUCGGUGCUAUAAAAUAUCUAAAUGGCAGACAGCCCACAUGUACACGGAUGCGUUCACAGACUAUUCAAGUAUUGUGAAUUAACACGAAUCGGGUGCGCGGUUUAGAUUGCGGGGUGUUUGAAACGACCAAGUGCUCAGAUGGCUAAACAAGAUACUGCCGGUUAUGUCGAUGAUAGAUAGGUGGAUAUUUCUCAUUGGUGGAGAAACCUUGGUACUACUGCCAGACUUAAACUAAACACAACAAAAUUGGCAGAUGGCAGAGUUUUUAGUGUGUGCUUUUUAAUGCAUUAAAAGGCUCCUUGCAGGUAGACCGCACACAGGUAUACACAUACCUGCACAAUUAAUUAAAGCCUUGAGAAUCGAAACUAACCGAAUGUGCGAUAUUGAUAGAAUGGCGCAUUACACGACCUGGUAAUUAAAUGUCCAGAAAAGGUACUGCCAGUUAGGACUACGCCGGAGCAUUGUGAAUGGUUCAGCGGUAGUUCUAUUAGACAAAUAAUCAACCAGGAUCUCUCAACUUUGCCAAUCUGAACAGAUCGGGGUCCGUCUGGCAUUAAUUGGAAAGGGACACUAAGCAAAUUUCAAAAUUGUGUCGACUUCAGCCUGCCAGGCAAACCGCAUUUCUAACGAAAAUUCCCGUUUCCAAAGUCAAACAAUCGCCAAAGUCGGUUUUUAGAACCAAGGAUGAUGUUAGUAUUUAAAAAACGGCUAGAUCGAGAACAGUCACAAUUUAAACAUAUUUACUCGGGAAAUCGUCAAACGAAUCAAGAAAAGCUGCAAUGAAUGCGGCUUCAUCAUUAUGAACAUGCGCAUGAUAGCAUAGGAAUUGCAGCUUAUAAAAAUUUCACCCUCUGUACGUCCACGACAUCAGUCGGUUUCUCUCCUUCAGCAAAAAAGAAUCCGGAAAAUCAAGUGAACAUUAUUGUCGCUCCAGCGAUCGAGUGAAUAUACUCACACCAAAAUUACUCUGUUAAGAAUGCUUUACUUCUGAAAAAUAAGUGGGUUCAGUCUCCGUUGCUCCUAAGCCUAACUGGUGGGAUUCGAACCCACGACAGUCAAGAGAGGCUUUAGUACAGGCAACGUUCUAGCCACCUUAGAUACGAGUCCCCCCGUACGACGCGAGCGUAACCACAUCUAAAUCAAGUUUACCCGUCCGAUCUAAUUCAAGGUCUGGUAUUCACCAGAUCUGAUAAAGAAAGUUGAUUUCCCAAGCAGUAUUUUCUAAUUUAUUCAUCUAGAAUUCACCUGAUGGCUACGAGUCUCACGUAAUUCAUAGGUAUUAUGGCAGGUACGAUUAAUUUAGCUUCUUCCGGUGGAGUCUCUUAACAAGUGUGACUAGAGCGUUAGCCGUAUUAAACUUCUCCACCGAGAAGCCGAGUAUUUCAUAUCCGCAUCAAAAUAACGCGUCUUUUUUCUUGAGUUUAAUACGGAGAUAGCGACAAUAGUCGGCCAAGCUGCAAUAGGCGCGCCUUGCGAGUCAAAAUAAGGAGAUAUGGAUUACUUGACAUAGUUAAACCCUUGCUGUCGUGGGUUCGAAUCCCACCGUGGCACAGAGGUUUAAAAAUUCAAUCAACGUGGAUGCGUGAGACUUUAGGAAAUACAUUCUGUAAGCUGAAGGGGCUCUCGGUUCUGACGUGUAGGCAAUUUAAGACUAUACAGUGGUUAUACCUUCUGGUGUGGCACAACACUGACAUGUCGGGUAAAUUCCCCGCGAUCUGGUUGAAAAGCUGCUGCUCUGUGUUUCGACUAACAAACAUUGCACUCAUUGCAUUAGGGCAAAUGUCAUUAUUCAAAAACCAAGAGACAGACGCGAGCAGAUCACGCCACUCUAGGUGCACUGAUUUGUACUAAAAUCUACUGUUCCUAUGCAGAGGGGGGAGCUGGCUGGGUAGUGUUUCCUGUGUGCAGAUUGCAGGCACGCCCGCGUUGCGUGUUAUCAGGGUGGGGCAUCGAUUUCCGUGAAAGAAGAGGAUGAGGCACUCUCUACUCGAUCUCCUUUUCAGUCUCACAGCGACUGCUGCCCUGAAUUACGCUAGCCCUUCGCCUAAGCUCAAUGUAGCCACAGGUGAUCCAGAUGCUGGUGUGGAAUUGUUGUCUUUCAGCGGCUGAACGUUACACUAAGUCUCCUUUAGAGCGUGUUAUCGAUCAGAGUUAGGCAAACACCAAGCAAAAUCGCACUGCUUGAAAACUGCACAACCUUUAUGAAAUACAGGCUUAAGAUUUUAUCCUGGGAAGGAUAAACGACGGUGGCGUAAGUGACAGAGUAAGAGCGAGAAAGAUUAAGUCAGAUGAUGCGUCGGCUCCACGGUGGCAUGAAGGCGCGAGACGCAGACAAUGGGACAUAACAGGAGAAGUCAAGGUAAACGACCCCCGGGUAAGCUUAAAAUUGCCUUGUUGUCUUUGUCCGCUCACCAUCUCCAUUUAAGAAACGACCAACCUCAGCGACUAGACAACAUAACGGUCGCCGCCGCCGCCGCCGCCGCCGCCGCCGCCGCCGCCGCUGACAAGAACUGCUCCGUGGAGAACUGUUAGGACAAAAUCCAGUCGCAGGCGCUGGCCGUCCUCGGUCGCGCAUCCCGCCAUCUACAACUACUCUCCGAGAAGGACUGCCUGCUAAAAGCCUACAUAGACCACCCCACCGACGAAGACGACAACAAAGCAGCAUUCUACCGUUGCCGCCGCUUUGUGCUACAGCGUCUGCGCGAGAUGCAGAACGCACGGUUGGCCCGCAAGGCCAUGGAGAUCGAAGGGCCCGCGCGACCACAACGAAUGGAAGAACUUCCUCUCCGCCAUCUACUGUCCGCCCGCUAAAGGUAUUGCACCUUUCCUCGGCGCCGGCUGAAAAACCCCACUCACCGAGAAGGCACAAAUUCUGCAGCGAUCGGCCGAAUAAUUCAGAGGCUUCCUCAAUCGCCCCUCCAACAUCUCCGACACCGCCAUCGCCCGCCUGCCCAAUUGAAGACCAACACUAACUUCGACCUCCCACUAUCUCUCCACGAGACUAUUAGGACAGUGCAGAAGCUCUCCAGCGGGAAAGCGCCCGCAUCGGACGCGAGCUCUGUGGAGGUCUAAAAGCACGAUGGUCCCCAAAUCAUGGAGCAUCUGACAGCACUGUUCCAGGAUAUGUGGCGUCAAGGAGAAGUCCCGCAGGAUUUCAAGGACGCCAACAUCAGCCACCUAUACAAACGGAUAGGAAACCGCCAGAUCUGCGGCAACUACCGAGGCAUCGUUUUGCUGGACAUUGCCCGUUAGAUAUUCGCUCACAUUCUUCUCAACCGCCUGAACAAUCACUUGGAUUAAGGUCUUCUGGCGAAUAGUCAGUGCGGCUUUCGCCGUUAUCGUGGCACCAUGGACAGGAUCUUCGCCCCCCCCCCCCUAGCUGCAGUUGAAGCGUCAGGAGAUGCGGACCCAACUGCACUUUUCUUUCGUGGAUCGGACGAAUGCAUUUGAUAGGGUGAAUUGUGACGAAAUGUGGAUAAUCAUGCGGUGAUUUGGCUGUCCGGGAUGAUUCAGUCAGAGGGUGCGUCAGCUCCAUGAUGACAUGAUUGCACGCAUCACGGACGAAUUCGCAGUAUUAUGUUCCCCUCCAUGUUGAUGGACGCUAAACGCGACGAACGCCCCAGGAUCCGCCUUGUCUAUGGGACGGCUGGCCACGUCCUCAACCACAGACGGAUGCACUUCCGGUCGCGUAUAUCCACAGUCACCAUCCAUGAACUUCUGUUCGUCAAUAAGCACCUCGGGAUCCGCAUCGCCAUAUAGAAUUGUGAGCGACCUGUCUAACCGCUGGACAAUGCAAAUUUGAUCGCGUUCUUCAACAACCGCCGUCCACUAAGAGAGCCAGGCCGAAACAAUUCCUUCUCAGCGUGUUCACGGCACCCUCACGCAUGUCAGAUGUAGGCUGCUCAACCCGAGUUGUCUGUAAUCAAGGCGCUCGUGUUUGAGGAGCCAGGUCGUGCAUGUGGCGCGCGUAUACACGGUCACUUUACCCUGUCAGCCACGACGUCCAUUCCACGCUCAAGUCAACUGACCGGCUCGGACAGUGGCUGUGGCCUGAGAAUGUGAAGGAAGAGUGAGAUCGACGACUCAGCGCAUUUUUCUCACAAUUGAAUGCAUUUACUCUAUGCUGAGCCAAAUGCAGUUGCGCUGGAGCGGCCACCUGGUGCGCAUGGACAACGAGUGACUACCAGAACGCCUCUACUACGUAGACGUCGCGACGGGUUCUCGUCGUCACGGAGGCUAGAUUCGCCGUUCAAAGGAUACCCUGAAGUCCUCCCUGAAGCGCCUGCAAAUCAACGCGACCAACUGGGAGGAGCUCGAACUGGACAGACCGGCCUGGCGGAGGACAGUGAAGACAGCCGCUGCGAUCUGCGAAGCCAAUCGCAUCGCUGCCGCCAAAGCGAAACGCGAAGCCCGUAAAUCACAACUUCGUCCAGUACGCAACGCCGCCGCACAACCGCUUCCAAAGUGUCCUCGAUGUCAACGGACAUUCCGGGCUCGAAUCGGACUUGUUGGACAUCUACGGAUCAACUGCACCUCUCGGACUGCCCCAAACAUCGACCCCCGCCCGCAUGCUCCUCAUCCUCAGCGCCACAAACUAACUCUGACACUUCUUCUGGUCCACCACACCCACCACCCUCCUCCUCCUCCUACUCCCACGACGGCCGCUCCGGCGAAUGUCCCAAGCACAACAACCGACAACAUCACCACCACCUCCCCUGACUCCAGCGAUGAGGAUCAGGACUACACCAGCCCUCACUGCGACCGCACCUUCACCUCACACAUCGGCCUGGUCGGUCACUUGCGAAUCCAUCGCACAGAGACUGGGGAACCAGUGCCUGGAGCACCAAUCUACACCCAACGCACUCGACUCCACUGCCCACACUGUCCACGCACCCUCAGACAUCGCAUGGGCCUAUUCGGCCACAUGCGCUUCCACGAGAGCGGCAUUGACCGCACUCCCGACACACCCACCACAUCCAGCACAUCAACCCUGCCCAGCCCCAUACUCGCUCCAUCCGCAUGCGCCACCACCACCUCCUCAGUAGCUGACACUGACACCGCCGACUUCUCAUGCCCACACUGUCCACGCACAUUCACCUCACGCAUCGGCCUGGUCGGUCACUUGCGAAUCCAUCGCACAGAGACUGGCGAACCAGUGCCUGGAGCACCAACCUAUAUCCACCAAGCUCGCCUAAACUGCCCACACUGCCCUCGCACCUUCAGACAUCGCAUGGGCCUAUUCGGCCAUAUGCGCAUCCACGACGACCUGCAGUAGCCAACCGCGGGCCAGACCACACACUCACUCACUCCCUACCUCCCACCACCACACCACAAUCAACCCACCAGGCAUUAUCACUCACACACCCCAUGCACUCACUGCCACCUCCCAUGCAAGUGGGAAGUGUGCAUCUCGACUCGGUCCCCAUGCGGCUUCGGCUGCACGGGUGACUUGUGUCCGAGACUAUCCCGACACGUCAAGUGUCGUGGAUAGGAAGGUUGCUGAUUGAGGCCCGCUCUCGGUUCACGGAUUUCGUCGCGUUGUGUGUGUGUGUGUGUGUGUGUGUGUGUUAUGUGCAGUGGCGGACUGGUGGGCUGGGGACGAACUGCAACAGCACCUUCCACGGCACUCUCACGCAAGUGAGAGACACGCCGUUCAAACCCCGUUGUGUGAAAUCCUGGUGUUUGUGUGUGUAUGGGGGCCAGGUCGUGCUGUGGCGCGCGCAGUCAUGGUCCGUCGACCGUGUCAGCCACGGCGCCCAUUUCCUACUCCAGUCUGCUGACCGGCUCGGACAGCGGCUGGGGUGUGGGAGUGGGAAGGGAGAGUGAUGUCGACGACUCAGCGCACUUUCUCUUCACUAUAAACAAUCUGACGCGCUUGAAGCUAUCACGGUGCGAUAAAGCCGUGGCUUGGAAGGUUGCCAACUGACGGGAUACCUUGGACCUCCUCCUUCACUGGAGGCGGUCUGAGAGUCAGGCUGCAAUGGCUCCUUUUUAAUGUGGCCGUUAUGGCAUUCCUACCACAGUGUGGGAUCCGAGCCAGGCGUUGGCGGCACGCCUAGGUGCGGCUGCUUCGGCCGUGCCAGCCUCCAAAUCUCUGUUGUUGGUUAAAAUCCUGGUUAUUUCUGUGUGGACCAGGGGGUGUGGUGGAACGCCUAGGUGAGGAUCCGUCCGAGCCAUCCACCUGCGGCCUCCCUCGUCUCCGGUCUUCUUGACUUGGUCUUGACACCGGGCUCAGGCGGGGGAGGAGGAGAGAGUGUAGGUAGAUGCUUCGCAAGUCUACUGGCACUUUGAACCCCUGCGCAAGUCACCGUCCCGGCUCCUAACGCUGCUGCAGCUGUGGGGCACACGGUGGACAUAAUCGAAAUCGACGGUCGAACUGUCGUGUCGUCGUGUGUGUGUGUGUGGGGUGUAGGGGUGUCCAGCGGUGGGUUCACGUGUUGGUCGUAGUGGUCGCUCACUUGCUCGCACGUGAGACUACGCCUAGCUUCCAUUUGCUGGCACCCAACUCUCAACCGGUGGCUCCACGUAGCUGGGCUCUGCUCAGCGGCCACACCCCGGGCAACCGUCUCGACCGGCGGGCUAAACCAGGUGAGGGCGCCGUGCGCUGUGCCGUGUGCACAGGUUUUGCGGACUCCGCUGGAUGGAAGGUCGGAUGGAACCUUGCGUCGGCACCGUCGUGACGUUGUCCGUCUCUGCACUCCGCUGGACUGCCGGUGACGCUAUGGAACUCCCACUCGACCUCGCCUUGACGCGCCCACCUACGCCGUCGGAGGCCACAGCUUACGGCGAAUUCGAGUCGCUCUCCACUACAAGCAUAAAGUCGUGGUCCCAUAUUGGAUUUCGGCCGAGCCAAUCGGCUCAUGGCAGCCCUAUUCAGGGGUGGCACUGCCAGCCCCCACGAGGGGAAGGGCCUAGAAAAGGUGGCCUAAACAUUACUGUGCACCACACCGUUUCCAGGCUAGCCACGGCCGCAGACGACUAAACAUGGUCGAAACAAUCGAAAUCGAAACAACAACAAUACCAAUAGCAAUAGCAAACAUACUCAUUCUCCUCAUCCUUACUCUUCUUCACCUUCCUCCGUCUAUUCUUCUGCCUACUCUUCUCCUUCGUCAUCUUCUUCUCCGCCUCCUUCACGUCGCCCCACUCGUUGUCUCCAGACUGAAAGGGUGAGCCCGCUCACUCUGGCAGCCUGGAAUGUUCGUUCCCUUCUAGACAAUCCGGGGGGCAACCGACCGGAACGGAAGACGGCAUUAGUGGCUCGAGAACAGGUGCGAUACAAGGUGGAUAUCGCCGCACUCAGAGAGACCCAAAUCUCCGAAAAAGGCCUACUGGAGGAGGUGGGUGCCGGCUACACCUUCUUCUGGAGUGGUCGACCCAAGGCAGAGCGACGAGACGCGGGUGUCGCCUUCGCCAUCCGGAACGACAUCGUGGGACGACUGCCCUGUCUACCGCAGGGAAUCAACGAUCGCCUGAUGAGCCUCCGUCUACCUCUCCGCCGGAGUGGGGGCACAUUCGCCACCAUCAUCAGCGUCUACGCCCCGCCGAUGAGCUGCCCCGACGCCGCCGCAAGAGACAAAUUCUACGAGGACCUGCACGCACUCUUGGCGACUGUGCCGAAAGCGGACAAGUUGAUUGUCCUCGGCGACUUCAACGCCCGCGUCGGCACAGACCAUACUGCCUGGAGAGGAGUGCUGGGUUCCCAUGGUCUCCGCGACUUCAACGACAACGGCCUGCUGCUGCUCCGCACCUGCGCAGAACACCGCCUCAUCCUGACGAACACGUUCUUCUGUCUGCCGGAGCGAGAGAAGGCCACCUGGAGGCAUCCUCGGUCGCAUCAGUGGCACCUGCUGGACUAUAUUCUCGUCCAAAGGCGUGGCCAGCGGGACGUGCUGGUGACAAAGGCGAUUGCGGGUGCUGACGGGUGGACCGACCAUCGCCUCGUCAUCUCGAAGAUGCGUAUUCGCCUACAGCCUCGCAGGAGACCACAAGAUAAGCGACCCCCAGGUAAGCUGAAUGUUGCCUUGUUGUCUUUGCCCGCUCACCAUCUUCAUUUCAGCAAUGAUCUAGCUCAACGGCUAGACAACCUUCGGAUCGCUGCCGACGACGCCGCUGCCGAGAACGCCCCCUGUCUGCGUGCGUGGCCGAAGUCUGUUAGAGCGGUCGACUGGACUGUGUCUCGCUGUUGA